AUCCUCACAAUCUCAACUCACAACUCGCAACUCUCUCCUUCUUCCUCUCUCCUAACAAACCAAGCAAAGCGUGUCGCGCCAGAUGUCCUCCUCCUCAUGUCCAGUCCGCAUCGUCUGUCCGAAAAUGCCGCACACGCCGUUCAGGUGAGCGAGCCAGAGCAAUGUAUCCGUACCUGUUCCAGUUCUGCGCCUGUCCUUGAGGCCCUGCCAGAUACUUCUGCGACAGGCCAUGGCGCUGGUGCAGGCAUAGCCAUAGGCGUAGGCGCGGGCGCGGGCGAAGAUAGCAGUGUCGCUGGCCCUAAUCAUGAUUAUGAUGAUGUUGAUGAUACCCAUCAAGGGCACCUUGACCAAUCCCCCGCCGUCGCCCUCGCUGCUGAUGUCGCUGCUGAUCCCGCAGCCGACAACACUACUCCCACUCCCUCUUCCGUCUCUCCCUUCCUACCGCCACCCUCUGCAGACAAGGUGCCCAACAACGUGCCUGAUUCUGUUCCUGAUUCUGAUUACUUGCCCCGUGGUGAUGCCAAUGCCAGGGACACUCCAGACCAAGCCGAUACCCUCCCCAUCGGCGCUGCUCUUGGCCCUGUCUCUGCCUCUACUUCCAGUAAUAAGAAGGCCCGUGGCCCCGGUCCCCUACCGAGGCAGACCGGUCCUUCCCUACUGACCCAAGCCUUGGCUUCCGCGAGAGGUAUCACCAAUGUCAAAUCUCCCAAAUCCUUCUCUCCUACAUCUACUCCUCCUAUAACUUCGCCCUCUCCUGCAACUAUUACAAAUACAUCUACUGCCGCUCGACAGUCUAACCUAGACAAGACCGUCCCAUCCUCUGCGACUAUCUCGACUCCUACUACUCCCACUGCGCAGUCGAGUCUUUGCUCGUUGACAGGGCCACCAACCGCUCCAGCGAACCUCGCUUCCCAAUACGAUCGCGAUAGCGCCUUAAACCCCUUCGAAUCUUCUUAUCACAAUGUUCCAGCUCAGCGCACCGCUCCUAGGCCGUUAGCUAGAGCCACUUCCGAAUCUAUCAAUAUGGGAGCGUCUACUACUGUUACAACGAUGACGUCGCUCGUCCCUCGAGAGGCGGCGAGCGUCCCAUCGACUUUUAGCCAUUCAACUCUUGCUACUACACUUCGAGGUGCUCUUGAUCAUCGUGAACCGAUUGACAUGGCCCGUGGCAAGGCCUCGACAUCUCUGGAUCUCGAUAGACAAUCUGUUGACUAUUACCAACCUCAAACCACAAGCUACACAGCAGCCCUUAUUGACCGACCCGUCCCCCUCGAUACUCGCUCAGGAACCAAGACACCACCUUUGGCGACGCGAAAGGAGGAUGCGAACCCCGUUCAACAGAGGCCGAUACAAUGGGCAAAGAUGCUGCCCCAUUGGACUGGCAAUGGCGCUGAAAAAACCGAAAAGAUAUGGUCCAUUGGUUCUGUGGAAGGACAAGAAGAGGAUGGCUUAGUUGAGAAGUCUGUGACUGAGGCAAUGGCUGGCCUGGAGCAUAAUGCUCGUAGCCGCAAGUCUAGCUACAGCCUACGAUUCUUCAAAGAAGGUCUGCCACCAGAGGAUAAGCCACGUCGCAAGGAUACAAAACAAACGGCGAAAGAAAAAUUGACACCUCUCGAGGAGGAUCAUCAACAUGCCUUGCGCGAAGCUUCCCAACCGACAACCUCUGACAAAGAGCCGACAGCCAUUCGCACUCGCCAGGAAGACCGAAAAGGUUCUUUUUUCACAUCAGAUUCGCUCGAUGAACAGCCUGUUCUGAGCACAUCUCCUAGCGAGGAUUAUUUUUCCAUUCCAGUCAAUGGCUCCAUCAAAUCUGAAGACAAGGCGCCGUUGCGAGUGCAGCAGCCAUUGUCCCAGGCCAAAGACGGAAACGAACAGGUGGAGUCGGCCAAAGUUGUGGGGCCGACUCCGGUCUCCAAUGCCGAGGCCGCCCGUGAAGCCGAAUUUGUGGAGUCCAGACGGGACUCGGCGGGCAGUGCUCAUACUGAUGUCGGAUCUCGCGAUGAUGGAGAAGCCGAAGAAUCUGGGGAAGAAAAGAUCUCAUCUGCCGUCUUUUUGCCCCACCAAGAGCUCCAAGAUCCUUGUGUAAGUGAACCACAGGACCGCAUUGCGGCCCGUAGUAUCCGCGUGCGGUCUUUAUCGCAAAGUAAUCAACGCCCGUGGCUUGUGAAGGCCGAUGAGCCAGAGUCAGAAGCCAUUCAUGAGAAGGAUGAAUCUCCUUAUGGAAUUUCCCGUCACCCUUCUCGUGAGAAGCUUACCUUGAAACGCGGUGACCUCAUCCCUCAACAAGGUGAAGAGGGUGCCGUUAUUGAGGAGGAAAUCACAGUGACAACUGACUCUCAUAAACAACCGCAAAUCGUGAGCCAGUAUGAAGACCAUGUCCAUGAUCAUCAGCAUGACCCUCAAGAGCCUCUGGAGGCGAUCGAGCUCAUUCCGUAUAAACAUCAAGUUGGUGGACACACCACCCUCUGGAGAUUCUCUCGAAGGGCUGUCUGUAAGCAACUCAACAAUAGGGAAAAUGAGUUUUACGAGACUAUAGAGAGAUACCACCGUGAUCUGUUGCCUUUCCUUCCUCGCUAUAUCGGUGUAUUGAAUGUCACCUUCCAGAAACAGGCUCGCCGAAAGAGCACGUCCAAGAAAGACGAGGCGGCAGCAGCCGAGCGCAAGAAGGCACAGGAAAAGCUUGAGUCUAGUAGAAACGAACUGGAACAGAACGAGGGUCAGGAAGCCAUUAAAGUUGAGAAACCGACAGGCCGAGUUGUUAGCCAGUCUCUCGCCAAUAGCAACAUCCCUGUUCCGACGGUAACUUUCGACGACAACAGGCACAUUCUGCCCCGAAACCUUCUCCAGCCGAUGCCUUUGCCAAGAGAAUACCGACGACAAAGUAUCUCAACUUCUACUGUAUCAAAUCCCUCCGUGCCAUCUUCUGGAACAUCGAGUAGACCGCCUCUGGAUGAGCGACCCAACAGUUGGGGCGCAACCAUGGUCAACAAGAGGUUGAGAAACGAGGUUUUCAACGACGCAUUCCUGAAGGAACCUGUCAAGAUUCAUCGACAUCGCCGACCACACCAACGAUCAAUUCCACGUCCUACUUUGCAACGUCUCCUACGAUCCACGAAUUCCGACCCUGCUUUGAUCAAAAGUAACUCCCCGUUCAUCAACGGUCACGAUGAAGCAAGCGGCUAUCCUCAAGAACGAAAGAUUGCGCAUCACUACUCACACAGUGAUCUCGGACCUGGCAUGAAUGAAUACGUUCAGUCUGAGCCUGAGCAGGCUCCCGAAGAAGUCAAGGAUGUGACUGGAACAAGCGCUCCAGAGCCGGAAACUCUGAAGGAAAACCCUCUCGCAGCGAAGAAGAAGCGCAGGUAUUCUGCUGGCGGUCUUCGACGGAAACCUGAGGAUGUUAGAGAAUCCAGGGGAGACUUGAAGUACUUUGAGGAGGCUGAUGAUGCUGGGUAUAAGGGAGACAACGAAGAUAAGCCCAAGCGACACUCAAAGACACAUUCUACGAAUGGACACCAUCAUCCUGACACAAAUGAUGCCCACCAUCACUCACAGUACCUAGAGCAUCUACGUCCUGAAGACGAGUUUGCCAUUGAAUCGACUGAGCCCACCCCGGCCAUGGAAGAGACUGCCCAUGAGUUCACCAAGAUUCCUAGGCCAGUCAACCCGAAAGAGGCAAAGACUCAAAAGGAUCGAGUCGAAUACUUCUUGCUCCUAGAGGACCUUACCUCAGGGAUGAAGAGACCUUGUAUGAUGGAUUUGAAGAUGGGAACUCGACAAUAUGGCGUGGAGGCUACUCCAAAGAAACAAAAGUCGCAAACUGAAAAGUGUCGAAACACAACAUCAGCUGAGCUAGGUGUUCGAAUUUGCGGAUUGCAAGUGUGGAACGCUGCGAAGGAAACAUAUGACUUUCAGGAUAAAUACUAUGGCCGCAAACUGAAAGCUGGAGACGAGUUCCAAGGCGCAUUGCAAAAGUUUCUAUACAACGGUGUCGAUCUGCAUAGUAUUCUGCGACAUAUUCCAGUUGUGCUCAAGAAGCUUGGGCAACUCGAACAAAUUGUGAGCAAGCUGAACGGUUACCGUUUUUACGCUGCGAGCUUGCUCAUGUUUUACGACGGCGAUACGUCCGAGGAUGCGGACAACGAAACGAUGUACGAGUCUACCACCGACUGUGCAACAGAUACAGAGGAGACCUCGCGAAAGAAGACGAAGAACAAGAGGGAGAUUGAUUUCAAGAUUGCGGAUUUCGCCAACAGUGUCACUCCCUUUGAUAAGAUUGACGACAAGCCUUGCCCUCCGCAACACCCUGAUCAACCUGACGGUGGAUUUCUCAAAGGCUUACGUAGUCUGAGGAGAUAUUUCCUCCAGAUUCAAAGGGACGUGAGACAGGAGCUGGGGCUUGAUCCUUAUGGUCGAUUCUCGCAUCACACGGAUUAUGCCGGAGAUCUUGAUGCCGAGAACGGGAUGGUCAGUCUUUAGAUGACCUUAGAUAAGGACGGUGGUGUACGUUUUGAGACGAAGUGUCUGAUACCCAUUACUUCAUUUCAAUUUGGACGGUUUUACAAAUGGAUUUUUGCUUUUGCUGGAGUUUGGUUUGUUUUUCUUGGCCCUUUUCUCUUUCAUGGCCAACUUCUCUCCCACGGAGGGACCCUGGAGUUCACAGGA